UAUAAUUGUGAAAUCUUCUGAAUAAAUCUCUUUCAUAAUUUUCCAGGAGGUGGAAAAAGAAGCCAACAAAUGAUCAUAAUUUUGCUGUUCUUUUUGCUCCUGUUUAUAAUUUAUGCAUACAUAAAUCAUAACGGAGAGUUUACAGCCACAGCAUCAGCCAUUCGACAGAUAUGGUCAGGCAGCUGUAGACUGGGAUGUAGGCAGAGUGAAUACAGCAGCUUCUCUGGUCUCAGCGGGCUUCAGGGCCCAGGGACGAGUACACAGGGACCGUAUGCGAGCCAAAGGUCCUCCCAUAGACACAACUUUUGCGUCUGUGAUACGUGUCCCUGCGCACUUAUUGAGAAUUUUUUAAGUACAUGCCGCCCGGUUACGUCCAUGUAUACUGGAGUAUUGGAAGUUGUAUCUGGCUAUUACUACAGCUUCAUACAAACGCUGAGUAAUGUUUUUGAAAACUUCUCCCAAGUGAGUACCUGUGGUAUGUCUUGUCAAAGGCAAGCUCAGCUCCUGUGUUCGAAGCAUCUAGAUUCAUCACAAAACAUAACUUUUGGGGAACAAACAAGCGCGAAAAAAAGUGAAAGUCGAAUGAAAUUUAUGAAGUCUAUUCUUCAACGACAAAAAUCAAAUUGCACAGAAGAAAGAAUGGAGACGAUUGAGGAUAAUGAUAAUCUUAGAAAUAGAGAAAAUGAUAGCAUUUCGAAUAUAAUAGAAAGUCCUGGAUCAUCUGCUCAUCGUAAACAGUGUUCUAAAUGUAUUGAGCAAGGAUUUACGUGCAUGAAACAUUGUCCAAAAGCGAAAAAGAUGUAGACUAUUUAUUGGUUAUGACUGUUUUAUUGGGGACAAGAAAUACUUUUUCAGUAAAGUAGGGUAUUAAAUUAUGAUGUUUUAUUCAUAAGAUGCGUAU